GUUAAACCAGCACAGAGAGAGUCAACUCAUCCGAUUUAAAAAAUGAAACCACUAGCUCUUUCUCUCUCUCAUCCUAAAUUCUGGUCCAAAUCUUGUCAAGCAAAAGUACAAAUCACCAAACCAGUUCCAACAGAACAUCCCACAUGAUUUCACCACCAGUUUUAGCUUCAAAAACCUAACAAAAUCCAUCAAGGUAAGCCCCCUCCCUCUCUCUAUAACAGUGGACCAAAGAUAUGCAUAACACUUACAUUAGCUCAACUUUGUUGUCCGUGGGAACAAAAGGGUCACUUUCAUUUUCUUUCAAUGACUACUCUAACUUAAUAAAUGAAAGAUUUGAAAGAAACCCAUUUUUAUUACAAUCUUGUUCAUCAUCAUGUAAUAAAUCUUGUUGUUGUUGUUGUUCUUGUUCUGCAUCAUCAUCAUCAUCAUUUUCUACUACUACUACUAUACGUAGAGUGCCAAUAAACCCAGGUUUGUUUUUUGGAUUUAGACAAUCUACUAUUAUUCAAUGUCCGCCUUCUAGAAUGUUGAUCUUGGGUGGGAGGGAUAGGUAUUAUUACCGGUCUCCGGCUUAUGGUCUUGAUCAUGGUUGUUAUGAGCAUUCUUGCUCUUCUAAGGAGAAGAAUGGGAGUGAGAGGGUUGCUAGGAGAAGGGUGGGUGGGUCUGGGGGGGUAAGGUUGCACGAAAGGCGAUGUUUUAGCGGGGUUGAUGAUGUGGAGGCCGUAAUUAGUUUUCUGAGUGAGGAAAUGAGUGAAGAGUGUUUAGGUGACGGGGAGAGAAAUCAGGGCCUGUCAAAGAGAGUGGGAAUGGAAAAGAGAGGAAAUUACAGUGGUGGAGAUCAUAAGGGGAGGAGGAGGGAGAAUGUUGGGCGUAGUUCUUUGGAGAGUGAUACGAAAUGUAAAUUUGGGUUGGCUAAUGUUGAGUUGAGGAAGGAAGAGUUUACAAGGAAGGAAGGGAGUGAAGACAGGGAAGAAAAGAAAACAGUUUUAGAGGGGGAGAAUUGCAGGGGAAAGAGAGGGAGCCCUAGUGUUUCAUCAUAUUACUCACUUUCUUCUGCUGAAGAUUUUGAGAGUGACAUGGAAGCUCAGGAUGAACAUGUUGAUUGUCUCAAAGAAUCAUCGCAUGGAUACAAGGAGUUAAGAAGUGGAGAGGGUAGAUUAAAGGGGCAAGUUGUAGAAGAGUUUAAGAGGCAUAGAGAUGGCACAGAGUGGAAGGGGGAGGUUUUGGAAGCAAGAACUAGUUCAAGAAGGACUGGUGUUGAGUGGGAUUUGAGGAAGAAAUCUGAGAAGAAACUUACUGAGAUUGAAGAAACACGAUCAGGAAGAGAAUCCUUACAAAUGCAAUCAGGAAUGCCAAGAACCACUGAAAGUGAUUACAAGAAUGUAUCAGGUUCUCAUAAGCAAAUUGAUGACGGGGAAGAGAAAAGCUUGGCAGUUAGUUUGGAGAAAGGAACAAGAAAGCAAUAUGGUCAGAUGGGUGAUCCCGUCAAAGAGCAAUCUGAAUUCAGAAGAAAUUACCAGGAAAUUACUAAUAAACAGGAGAGCAGUGGAACAAAUGUCGAAACAACUUCCCAAUCCCAAAAGCGGUUCAGUGGUAGAGAAGAAAACCUAGUGGAUGUAAAUUUGGUUUGGGAAGGAAGGGAUGAGCGUUAUGAAGUAGGUGAAACUGCUGCAGAAAACAAUAUAAAAAGAAACACUUACCAACUCAUUGACACAUCAACCCUUGAGAAUGUCAGAACCGAAAGAGUUUCAAAUUUGCAGAGGCAAUCCGAGCCUAGAAUGAAGAUUCUGGAAGGAGAUAGAGCUCUAGGGUCAUUUUAUGAGACAAAUGAGCAACAAUUCCAAAUGGGUGGGCAGACAAGAAGACAAGUUCAAUCAAGAUGUUUACAACAGUUAUCUAAAAUACCAGAAGUUCAUGACAGUAGUAGCAAAAACACUUUGCUUUUACAAUCAGAAACUAGAAUGAAGAAGCAGGAGGGACGUGAGAGUGUUGUUUCUAGUUCAGGAACAGAAGCAAAAGAGCACCAGCCUCGAACAAAUCAAAAAGCUCUUCAGGGAACUGAAACCAGAAAAGGAUCUGGAGAUGUCACCAAUAUCUCUCUGAAUGUCACUGGUGCAUCACUGGUCCAUGCAAGUGAUGUGAAAACAGUCACCAAUUUUGGUGGAACUUCUGGAAAGAGAAUCGUUGAUCAGGAAAGUGAAUCGACAUCAGCUGUGGAACCCAUUCGAGAAACAAGAGAGAGGACUGAUAAAAUUGAGGAAAAUGUCACUCAAUUCAAAUCUAGAAAUGAGGUUUGGAGGCCUACUUACGAAUCAAGGCAUAAUGAAAGAACUUCACAGGAGGCUGCCUUAGAUUCUCAAGCAUCUGCUAAUAUGGUUUCUCAAGUGGGAAUUCAAGGGGUUGAUGUGGGGGAGGGCAAUCAAAGAACUUCACAGGCAAUAAUGAUGCCUCCCCCACCUCAAUUGUUAGCUCGAGGUACAGCAUGUGUUAAUCCGCUAAGUAAGAAUGCAAACCAAGAGAUUUCCAGAGGAACUUCAGAAAGUGGCGCAAGUGCUCUGUAUAUAAUUUCUGGAGGGGGAACUCCAGUUUUCCAGCAGGAAACAUAUGGUAAAAAUGAGAAAGAUGAGAUUUACAGGGAGCCUUCAAAUCUUAUCUUAACUGGAGAUGCUCUUGGUUCAACUCAUCGUUUAGAGGAAUCAUCAAUGCAGUUUGUUGGGGAGUUUGUUGAGAAGGCUAGGCAUGAAGUAUUGGCUUCUGAAAUCCAAAAGGAGAAGACAGUUUCUGAUACAAAGUUGGCAUAUGAAGCUGAGAAGCAGAGGCAAAAGAGUUCAGGUCAAUAUGAUUCUGAAGACUUACAGUUUAAGAGGCAGGACUCAAGGCAAUCAUCUAGGGGCUCCAGAGAGAAGGGUCCCUCAGAUGAAAUGUGGCAUGUGACAGAUCCAUCCAUUCAGGAACCUACAGAGACUGAAGCGCCAGCAGGUAGCACAGAAACUGAGAGUGGUGUUGUUAGGAGAACUGGAAGGUCCUUGUGGAGCAUCAUUUCGAAUGUAGUACCAUUGCGCUGGGGUUCACAUGCUGAAACUCCUAAAUCAGCUUGGAGAUCAGGUGGAAAGAGUUCGUCAAAUGAUUCUGUUACUAGUGAAGCAUGGUUUUCUGGCCACGAACCUGACGAAAACAGUGAUGAGAACAUGAAAAGGGAAAGGGAAAGCAUGCCUAAGGAAGCUGCCUCUUCUCACCAGCUGCAACCAACAAACACUUUUAGUCAAGAUCAGGCAAAAGCAUCUUACACAUUUGUAUCAAAGAACAUAAUAAGACAGCCUGAAGGAUACACUUCAUCGCCGCCAAUUAUGCUAAAAAGCAAGUCCACAUCAAAAGGCAUUUCCACACCUUCUGAAGAGGAGAAUCUUGGCUGGAGUCAAGAUGGGAACGAUUUUCAAGUUGCUACAUCUAGCACGGAAGUAGAUGAAUCAUUACUAGUUUUAUUGCCUUCUACUAGCACAAGUGAUCCCAUUGUGGAAGAAAGUCCUGGUACUGCUAAAACUAAUGUCUCUGUUAGUGGUUCAAUGGAGCAACCUGAUAGUGAAAUGUUAAUUGGAGUAUCAGGCUCUGAGGGGAAGGGUGUGGAGUCAAAACAAAGGAGGCUUCAGCGAAACAAGCAAGUUGAGAGAGACAGAUUUGAUGAAUGGGAAGAGGCCUAUUUACGUGAAAGUGAGCUGCGGAAAACUGAUGAAAUGUUUAUGAGAGAAGCGCUGCUAGAAGCCAAGAAGGCUGCUGAUUCUUGGGAGGUGCCUGUUGGGGCCGUGUUGGUGCAUCAUGGGAGGAUUAUUGCUCGUGGCCACAACCUAGUGGAGGAGUUACGAGACUCCACUGCCCAUGCAGAAAUGAUUUGUAUACGGGAAGCAUCAAACAAACUCCGGACAUGGAGGCUUUCGGAGACUACACUUUAUAUAACACUUGAACCAUGUCCUAUGUGUGCUGGAGCAAUACUUCAAGCAAGAAUAAAAACUCUUGUAUGGGGAGCUCCCAAUAAGCUUCUUGGAGCUGAUGGAAGCUGGAUUAGGCUUUUUCCUGAUGCGGGAGAAGGAAAUGACUCAGAACUAUCUAACAAGCCAGCUGCUCCAGUCCAUCCUUUCCAUCCAAAGAUGACAAUUCGGCGAGGAAUAUUGGAAUCUGAGUGUGCAAAUGUAAUGCAGCAGUUCUUCCAGCGUAGGAGAAGGAAAAAGGAGAAGAAAGAAGAUUCCCCUCCUCAGCCUUCGUGUCUUCCCAUAACAAAUCCUCAAUUGAAAAUCCUUGGUAAGAUGCAUGGUUUUUUCCAUGCCAUGUUCUGUUUGUAAGAGAUGAUAGAACACCAAGUCCUUGUCCGUUAAAUAAAAACUUCGCAAAAAAACAGUAGUAUCUUUUCGAUCAAAUUGAAUAGAUUAUUGACGUCUUUAUGAGAAUAUGAAA